ACACUUAUAAAUAUUCCCUGCAAGCUCGGAAUUUUCUUUUCGCUUAGCCUGGUUUCUCUCGAUCGGUCCCUCCAAAACCCUAGAGAUUCAACCUUUGAUCUCCUGUCAUGGCACCAAAGAAGGAGAAGGCUCCACCACCGUCUUCAAAACCAGCUAAGUCUGGCGGUGGCAAACAGAAGAAGAAGGUGAAAAAAAUCACGGGGCUCCUUGAGUGUUUGGGUUUUUUUCUUUCUUAUGAUUUGUUGGGGUUUUAUGUGCAGAAAUGGAGCAAGGGAAAGCAAAAGGAGAAGGUGAACAACAUGGUUUUGUUUGAUCAAGCUACCUACGAUAAGCUUCUUUCUGAAGCUCCCAAGUACAAGCUUAUAACUCCUUCUGUCUUGUCUGACAGAUUGAGGAUUAGUGGCUCUCUUGCACGCAAAGCAAUCAAGGAUCUAAUGGCCAGAGGAUCCAUUAGGAUGGUAUCUGCACAUGCCAGCCAACAGAUCUACACCAGGGCUACCAACACCUAAGAGACAGUUGUAACAUUUUUCCUGGCAUUGCGAGUAAUCCAUUACCAUUUUGUUUCGGUCUCAUUUCUUCAUACCAUUCAUGUCAAGAAUGAAGUUUUGAUAUAUUUAUUCGGUGGCAGAAGUUUCAUGUAUUGCAGUAUAGUUGAUUUUAUACUUAAAUUUUUGUACGUCAGCAAUAUUUUCACAGAUGAUGGUUCUUUGCGAGUUUUGACCUUAAAUUGGUUAAUCUUUUUAUUCUCUUCCACAAUUUUAUGGCGACAUUAAAUCAAACUAAGAAUUUAUGCAGGUUUAGGAUCC